AUGGAUGAAGAUUUAGAGUUCCGUGACAUGGUUUUGAAAAAGAUGGAGGAAAAUGGAUCAUUACUCGACAUUAAGGCUAAGCUGCGCGCCUUACUUUAUGAUGUUAUAGAAAACGAACACGCCACCUCCAUCGAUCAAGUGGAUGAAAGUGAUCUUACUUCUAGCACGUUUGAAAAAGAUUCUGGUGCACAACUGGAUGCAAAAACUUUAGUUUAUGAACUGUUACUUGAAACGCUAGGGUCGUUAAAUCUGCAGUAUACACGGAAAAUCCUUCAAGCCGAAUCAGGGUACCGAAAUAUGGCGUUGAGCCGCGAACAGUUGGCCCAACAGCUUAAACUCGAUAAUGCCUCCGACUCUCAGUCAGGACAACCCGUACUACUAUCAUUGAUAAACAAGCAUCGCGAUGAAAACAUUGCAACAGAACCUUUCUACGAAAGCAAAGAUCAUGCUGAUACAAUCACAGAGGGCUCAAAGAGUAGUGCUCAACAUAUGCCGGACGACCUAUGA